AUGUUCGCCAACAGCAAUCGAGAAACAUCGAUUUUGUUAUUUAUCUAAGAUAAUAGGAUUUUUCUUGCGUAAACCAACAGGUCGGUCACACUGUCGAACAGAGCGGAAAAGCUGCUGUGUGGCGGAAAAACAAUACAUGACUCAAUAAGAAAAAUAAUCAAAAAAUAAAUAAACAAAAAGAAACAAUAAAACUAACAAAAUAAUAUUAAUAAAAAAGGGCAGUAACUAAGAAAACACAGCAAAAGAAACAAGGACGGAUUAGCCACAAAGUAUGCAGCAAAAAUGUGAAUAACUACUACCAAAGGAAAACAACAACACAUCGAGGCAGCAGCAUCAUCACACACACACUCUGUUGUUGUUAUAUAAGUGUGUGUGCGUGAGCGAGUGUGUGUGCGUGCGUAGUAGUAAAAAUGUAGCAAAACAACAACUACAAGACAAACGAAGAAGAAAUGAGACAACGAAUCUAAGGAAACUUUUGAUACCACAACUUUUGUUAACAAAAAAUAAAAGAAGAAGGAGAAGGAAACAAAUGAAAAAGGGAGGAAACAAAAGAAAAGCAAAAGGAAACAAGCAGCUGGCAGAGAGAGAAAAUAUUUGCCCCAAAAAUUAUAACACAAAAAAAAAGAAAAAGAGAGCUAGCGAGUGAGAGAGCGUCCAUCAUCCACCAAUACAAAUGAACAUGCUACACAGUUUCAGCGCCGGCAGCGCUGCCAACGCCACAGGCGACGCCAGCAGCGCGGAGACCGAACUGAAGGAGCGGCUGAUAGCCAGCGUGAAGAAGGAGGUGAAGCAGCUGAUGGAGGAGGCGGUGACCAAGAAGUACGUCCACGAGGAGAGCAGCUCGGUGACCUCGCUCUGCGGCGCCGUGGAGGCCUGCUUGAGCCAUGGCUUGCGACGGAGGGCUUUGGGCCUCUUCAAAACCUCCUCGACGACGGCGCUGAUCCAGAAGAUAGCCAAGAUCUGCCCGGAGGCGGACUACGUGAGUCGGAGGCUCCUCGAACUGGAACUCGCGCAGGAAUCGCACGCGGUGAGCGGCAAGCGAUCCUCCUCCAGCAGCGACAGCAUCAUCAAGCCGAAGCUUUUGAGCAAGGGAAGCGGGAGCAGCAGCUCGGUGACCACCAUCAACACGGUCUCCAAUGGAGCGGGCAGCGGUUCCAGUGGGGGCGGGGCCAACGCCCCGCUCGGCAAGUACCUGUGGAUCCGGUUAGCUCUCCACGAGAAGCGGCUGGCCAAGAUCAUCGAGCAUUUGGUGAGCAACGCCAGCAGUUACUACGAUCGCGAGGCGCUGGUCGCCGAUCCCGAUUACGGCUCCAUCCUGAGCUCACUGCUGGUGGGUCCUUGUGCUUUGGAGUUUACUCGGGCCAAGACUGCCGACCACUACUGGUCCGAUCCUUGUGCUGACGAGCUGGUGCAGCGUCACAGGAUAAGCUCGGGCAACCGGACGCCGCCCACCACCCACCGGCCCAUCAUAAACUUCAAGCGGAGCCUGCACACGAGUUCGGAGGACACGAGCAGCGGGUCCUUCAAGGCCAGCUCGCCGGCGAGCGUGGCCAAGGACUACGUGGAGUCGCUGCACCAGAACUCCCGCACGACGCUUCUCUACGGGAAGAACAACGUGCUCGUCCUGCCGAAGGACGUGUCAGAACCGAUGCCGGGAUACCUCAGUCUGCACCAGAGCAUCCAGUCGCUGACCAUCAAGUGGACGCCCAACCAGCUGAUGAACGGAUACAACGACGGCGACGGCGGUGACAAGAGCUUCUACUGGAGCUACGCACUGAACAUCAAUGUGGAUGAGAUCGUCUAUGUGCACUGUCAUCAGAACAGAGGCGGUGACACCGGUGGCACCAUCAUCCUGGUGGGCCAGGACGGCGUCCAGCGGCCACCCAUUCACUUCCCCGAAGGCGGACACCUCCAGGCGUUUCUCAGCUGCCUGGAAACGGGCCUCCUGCCACAUGGCCAGCUGGAUCCUCCGCUCUGGUCGCAGCGGGGCAUUGGCAAGCUGUUUCCGUGGCCAAAAAGCGUGAGGAGACACAUCCUGCCAUCGGUGAUGGAGGCGGGAGGCUCCACUGUCGACGAGACGCCCAUCGAUUAUGUGUUCCGCGUGGUCAGCAAGUGCCAGCACGAGGAGUUCUUGGCUAGUCAUCCCAUUCUGGAGCUGGGAAGAUCGAGUCCGCGGCGGAAGCACCUGGGCAGCUGCUCCACCACCGGCAGCAGCGACUGCUCCAGCAAGAGCCUCUCCAUCGACCAGAGCAGCUGCGAAACGCCAUUGAUCCAGGCGAGUCAGAGCACCAGCAUCGAACUGGUCUGCUCCACGAUGCGGAGGCAGAUCAUCUCGAGGGCAUUCUACGGAUGGCUGGCCUACUGCCGCCACCUCUCCACGGUGCGCACCCACCUGUCCGGAUUGGUCAACGGGAACAUCAUGCCGGAUUUGGCUGCUGACGAGGAGGGUCUGACCCGCGAGAAGUGGCUGGCGAUGCACGAGGAGGGCGUGGUGACCGGCGACCUGGAGCUCUACCGCCUGGUUUACUUCGGCGGCGUGCAGCCGGACCUGCGCAAGGACGUGUGGCCGUACCUGCUGGGACACUAUGCCUUCGGAUCCACGCCGGCGGAGCGGAGGAAGCAGGACGAGACCUGCAAGCACUACUACGAGACGACGAUGAGCGAGUGGCUGGCGGUGGAGGCCAUUGUGCGCCAGCGGGAGAAGGAGAAGACGGCGCUGGCGGUGGCCAAGCUGAGUGCCGAGCAGGCUCGGCUGGCGGCCAAUGCCUCGGGAGUCUCGUCGAAUCCCCACCAGAAGGUACUCACCAACGGCAGUCGCCAGCUGGAGUUGGAGCAACGAAACGGGGAGGAGGAUCGGGAGAACCUCAUCCUCGACGAGGGCGAGAACGAUGUCUUCGAUGACAACGACUUUUCGGAUAUAUCCGAUCCGGGGGAUCUGUUCGAUGAGACCGAAUUGGGUCAGGAAGCCGAGGAGGAGGAGGAGCAGGAGAAUCCAGAUCCAGAGGAGGAGGAGAAGGAGGAGGAGGAGGAGGAGCAGGAAGGGGAAGCAGAAGCAGAAGCAGAAGACACCAAAAGUGAACGCGUAAUGCCGCAGCUCAGUGAGCAGUUGGUGCUGGAGUUCCAGAACAUCGACAACAUGGAACCGCUGCGUCUGCAGGAGAACUGUUUUGCCGACUCGGAGAACGAAAACGAUCUGGGACUGGGACUGGAUGGCAGUGGCAACAUCCUGAUGCUGAGCAUCAAGAGCUCUCCAUCCACCAGCAGCUAUGAAACGGUGGGCAACGAGUUCGUGGACAUGAAGGAGGAGGAGGAGGAGGAGCCGCCGGGCGAACUGAGCAAGUUCCACAGCGCCGAUGAUGUGAGACUGGACAACCAGGAGGAGGAGGAGUCCUCGCAACCGGCCACUGCGGUGAUCAUCACGGAGGCAGCUUCAUUGGACGCUCUCGAUGACGAGGCCACCGAGGAGUUCACCUCCCGCAAGACAAGCUUGAUGUCGCCACUCAACGAGGACAUCACGGUGGUCGCUUCCCUGGAUGCCCUGCAGGAACCCAAGUCCGCCUGCGUCUCUCCGGCGAGCUCCAACGGCGGUGUCUACAGUGUGGAGCUCCUCGAGCAGUUCGGCUUGAAUCUGCAUCGGAUCGAGAAGGACGUGCAGCGGUGCGACAGGAACUACUGGUACUUCGCCAACGAGAACCUGGACAAGCUGCGCAACGUGAUCUCGACGUACGUGUGGGAGCACCUGGACGUGGGCUACAUGCAGGGCAUGUGCGACCUGGUGGCCCCGCUCCUGGUCAUCUUCGACGACGAGUCGCUCAGCUACAGCUGCUUCUGCAAGCUCAUGGAGCGCAUGAUCGAGAACUUCCCCAGCGGAGGAGCCAUGGACAUGCACUUUGCCAACAUGAGAUCCCUCAUACAGAUACUCGACUCGGAGAUGUACGACCUGAUGGACUCGAAUGGGGACUACACGCACUUCUACUUCUGCUACAGGUGGUUCCUGCUCGACUUCAAGAGGGAGCUCGUCUACGACGACGUCUUCGCCACCUGGGAGGUGAUCUGGGCGGCCAAGCACAUCGCCUCCGGCCACUUCGUCCUCUUCCUGGCAUUGGCCCUGCUGGAGACCUACCGCGACAUCAUCCUCUCCAACAGCAUGGACUUCACCGACGUCAUCAAGUUCUUCAAUGAAAUGGCCGAGCGCCACAACGCCCAGUCGAUAUUGCAGCUGUCCAGGAACCUGGUUCUCCAGCUGCAGACCAUCAUCGAGAACAAGUAGUGGGAGGAGGAGAAAGAGAAGGAGAAGGAGAAGGAGGAGGAGUCCUCGCCAUCAGUCAUCCAUCUUCAGUUCCUGUAAUCCUCGGUUUCCGAUCAGUAUUGAGCGAGCUAUGACUAAGUAGCUGGCACCUAAAGAAUAGAAUCGUAGAAUCGGAGUUAGAAAGCGCUUAGGAAAACAUAACCGAACAUAAAGCAUAUACCAUAUAGCCAUAUAACCAUAUAGCCAUAUAGCCAUAUACCAUAUACCAUAUACCAUAUGCCAUAUAACUUGCACCCUAGAGAUUGCAAUUAGCUGAGGCUCUUGCUGAGGUUUUUUGGGAGGCUUCCCCAUAUAAUCCGCAAUGGUUUUUUUUUUUGGAAACGGCUGGGAAUCGCUUAAAGAAAUUUUAGCAAAAUUAAGGAAAUUAAGGAAAUUGUAGUGACCUGAAAAAAACAAAAAAACAGAGAAGAAAUCACGUGGAAAUCGAACAACGUAAAUGAUUAACUAUUUAUACUUAUACAAUAUACAUGCAUAUACCGAUUAUAUUAUAUACAGGCAGUUGCAUAUUUAUACGUUUUGUAUAUUCAAGAGAGAGCCCGGGGAUAGAACUCGUAUAUGGAUGUUGUAUUAGAUAUCGUCUAUAUAUAUGGCAAUGCUGUGCGGCUGCGACUGCGGCCAACUGUUGUUAUCGUUGUGUUAUCGAUUUGGCAGUUUAGUAAAUAUUUUCAGAUAUAUGUUAUCAAAAGAUAUUCAGGGCAAGUCAUUGAAAACUAUAGAAACUUGGCAAUGCUAUGCUCAAAACUAUUUUAAAGUCAUUCAAAGUCAGUGAUUUGAUAUCGCUUUUUAAACUAGAAAAAAAAGAGCUCUAGAGAUUUUCAAUGGCAGUCCUGAAAAACAAGGUUUUUCCUAUUUUCAUUUUGUAGCUGCAAGCGGUAAUAAAACUUUUUGUAUUCGAGUUGCCCGACAGGUGGAUCCUGCGGCUAUAUCUCUAUAAUUGAAUGAAACAAUUGCCCUCACAAAUAUGUUACAAAAUUGUAGUUGAAGGCUGCGAAGCGUUGAGUUUGUUUGCAUUAGCAGAAUUAAUAUGCAACCCAAGAUAUAUAUAUAGAUAUAUAUUAAACCAAUAUUUAUACAAAUAUUAACCCAAACAUUAACAUAGAGAACGGAAUGUGUUAGCCGUGUAUUGUUAUAAUCGAAACCGAUUCGUUGCUAUUCUCAGGCAAACUAACUAGUUUCUAUCCGGUUUUUCGUUGUUUUUUGGUAAGUGCAGGCGCACCAAAAAUCCCUCCACUGGGCUUAUAUACAACUUAUAUAAAUCUAUAUAGAGCAAACACUUUGUGUGGAAUCUAAGUUAUUGCGAGUAGCACGCUUUUUGUGUAUGAAAAAAAAAAAACAAAAAACAAAAACAAACAAAAACAAAACGUGGAAAACGAAAAACCAAAAAACACUUAAUGUGAUUUCUUGUUGCUUCUUUGAAUAUUGAUAUUUUUGUAAGCGCUAAAACGUAUAUACAGACAUAUACACUUAACGAAUGAGAACGAGAUGGCAGGCAACAGAAAGAGACAGAGAACGAGAGAGAGGAUAUAUUUUACACUUGGCUGGGGAAUAAAUUGGGGGGCAUAAAGGAUGUCAGUCGAGUCCAACCAAAAUUUUGGCCACACUUUUGAUACACAUAUUCGACAAAAGAUCAACUGAUCCACCACGACGAAAACAAAAAGUGAAGAUAAAACCCGAUGAGCAAGGCAGAAACUCUCGCUAUAUUAUAUUGUAUCGUAAUCAAGCUAAGCUACAUAUAUAUAUUUAUACCCGUCUGAGUAGAGACGCCACCUAUAGAGCCCGAGCAUAUAGAAUAUUACGUUACCCACGAUUGUAACCACAUAUAGCAUACGUAUGAAUAUUGCGAAUAUCCUAUGUUCCGCGCGAAACCACAUAAAAGCAAAACCCAAAAAAAUGCGAUCAAUGUAUAAUUUACCGAGACCCUGUCGAUGGAAACAAAAUAAAAGGAAUUAUGUAAAAUG